AUGUCAAAAGAUGGAAAAGGCAAAGAAGGUAAAAAAGGCCCAGAGACCAGUGCGUUCAUGAAGGACUUUAUCGCCGGUGGCGUGUCUGCUGCAGUCUCCAAAACCGCCAUGGCCCCGAUGGAGCGAGUUAAACUAAUUUUGCAAGUGCAACAUGUAUCCAAACAAAUUGCUGAAGACAAACGAUACAAAGGUAUUGUGGACGCGUUCGUACGUAUCCCGAAGGAGCAGGGCAUUGGGUCUCUGUGGCGCGGCAAUAUGGCGAACGUGAUUCGGUACUUCCCGACGCAGGCGCUUAAUUUUGCAUUCAAAGACGUGUACAAAGGCCUAUUUCUAGAGGGUGUGAAUAAAGAUACCCAGUUUUGGAGAUACUUCGCGGGUAAUCUAGCCUCGGGUGGAGCAGCCGGUGCUACAUCACUGUGUUUCGUGUAUCCACUAGAUUUUGCUCGAACAAGAUUAGCCGCUGACGUCGGUAAAGGAAAGGCCAAAGAGUUUAACGGUUUAGUCGAUUGUUUGACGAAGACAUUAAAAACCGAUGGCCCGAUUGGCUGGUAUCGGGGUUUCGUUGUGUCCGUACAGGGGAUUAUUAUCUAUCGAGCCACAUAUUUUGGCUUGUAUGACACGGCGCGAGGUGUGCUUAUUGACCCGAAGAAUACGUCUAUAUUUGUGUCGUGGCUAAUUGCCCAGACUGUUACCACAAUAGCCGGUAUUGCCUCAUACCCCUUGGACACUGUGCGGCGGCGAAUGAUGAUGCAGUCAGGUCGACCCGUCAACGAACGCUUGUACAAGAACACACUCCACUGUUGGGCGGUCAUACUUCGCACAGAGGGACCGGGCGCUUUCUUCAAAGGUGCCUUCUCGAACGUUCUUCGUGGUGCCGGCGGAGCGUUCGUGCUGGUUUUGUAUGACGUCAUCAAAAAUCUUCUUUAA